AUGUCCACCUCCGCGAUCCAAGGCCCCGGCAUCCUCUUCGUUCGCUCCCGCAUAUCCCCCUCCGCCAACGACAUACUCCCCGAGCCCACUUUUCUCGCCUGGUAUGACAACGAGCACAUCCCCGAAGUAGUCUCUACAUCCGGCAUCGACUCUGCUUUCCGCUUCGUCGAUAUCCACAAGUCUUCUUCUAGCGGUGACGAGCAAAACCCAAAGCCGUUCCUGGCCUGCUACCCCAUGAAUGAUUUGGCUUUUACGCUCGGCGACGAGUUUAAGAAGAUUGGUUUCAAGAGUAGUGCGCUACCUGGUAGUGGUGUGAUCUAUGAUUUGGCAGACAUGGAUGUUAGUUACCUGGGCAUUGUGGGCAAGACACCGAGCCGAAGAGAGGGCGAAAGACGUGGGCCGAAGUAUGUGAUCUCAUCGGGUAUCCGACCGGAAAAGCAGCCAGCAGAAGAACAAGUCACUGCGUUCUUCAAACAGGUAUAUAACCCCCGUACCAUCACACAAAUCUCAACGCUCGAAAAAUCACCACAGUAUAUGCGAACACUGCGCUUCAAGCUCCUCUAUGCGAGGACGAAUGCGCAAUCUCGUGCUCUGAAGGGCUUGCCGACGACAGAUGAACCGCAUCCCGAGCCGUCGAUUUGGAUGGCUAUGCAUGAGUUUGUGGAUGUACCGGAUGAAGGCUUUUUGAAGGCGCUGGACGACGAUGUGGACAAGGCUGCUGAAGAGGGUGGUUGGGGCGAGACGGAAGUUGAGACGCUUGUUUGGAAGCUAGAUCGUGUGCAUGGGAAUGGGAAGUUCUUUGAGUAA